AUGAAUCCUCCCCGAGCAAGGGCGGUCGCUCACCUGGAGGCCCCGAAGGUGCAGCUGUACACCCGCACGGACGCCGUGCUCGGGCAGGAGAACGUCCUCAACUGCUUCGUCAGCGGGUUCCACCCUCCUCAGAUCGAGGUGUCCCUGCUGCGGAACGGGGAGCCCCUGAGCGGCGUCAAGUACGCGGACAUGUCCUUCAACGACAAGUGGCACUUCGAGCGCCUGGUCUACGUGCCCUUCACCCCCCGGAAGGGUGACCUGUACACCUGCAAGGUGGCCCAUUCCACCUUCAGGGAGCCGCAGAUCUUCCGGCUGGAGGCAGACUUCUGA